CGGGACGCUCGGCCCAGCGCGACAUGUCAGGAUGGACUGCAGGACCAGGGAAAAUCCAGAAAGAACAUUUGACUUGGUACUGAAAGUGAAGUGUCAUGCCUCUGAAAAUGAAGAUCCUGUGAUCUUGUGGAAAUUCCCAGAGGACUUUGGAGACCAGGAAGUACUACAGAGUGUGCCAAAGUUCUGUUUCCCCUUUGAUGUGGAAAGGGUGUCUCAAAAUCAAGUUGGACAGCACUUCACAUUUGUACUGACAGACCUUGAAAGCAAACAGAGAUUUGGGUUCUGCAGACUCACAUCAGGAGGGAAAAUUUGUUUAUGCAUCCUUAGUUACUUGCCAUGGUUUGAAGUAUAUUACAAGCUUCUCAAUACUCUUGCAGAUUACUUGGCUAAGGAAUUGGAAGAUGAUUUGAAUGAAAUUCUGAAAUCACUCUAUAACCACCCAGUACCAAAGGCAAAUACUCCUGUCAGUUUGAAUGUGAACCAAGAAAUAUUUAUUGCCAGUGAGCAAGUUCUGAAAGAUCAACCCUCACUAAUACCGCAUUCCUACUUCAUUGCCCCUGACCAAACUGGACUCCCAACAAUACCAGAGAGUAGAAACCUCACAGAGUAUUUUGUUGCUGUGGAUGUGAACAACAUGCUGCAACUGUACGCCAGUAUGCUGCACGAAAGGCGUGUCAUUAUUACCUCCAGCAAAUUAAGCACUUUAACAGCCUGUCUCCAUGGAUCGGCUGCCCUGCUGUAUCCCAUGUACUGGCAGCAUAUCUACAUCCCCGUGCUUCCGCCACAUCUGCUGGACUACUGCUGUGCUCCAAUGCCAUACUUGAUUGGAAUACACUCCAGCCUCAUUGAGAGAGUGAAAAAUAAAUCACUGGAAGAUGUGGUUAUGUUAAAUGUUGACACAAACACUUUAGAAUCACCAUUUAAUGACUUGGGCAGUCUACCCAGUGAUGUGGUCUCGGCCUUGAAAAACAAACUGAAGAAGCAGUCUACAGCUACCGGUGACGGAGUGGCGAGGGCCUUUCUUAGGGCACAGGCUGCUUUGUUUGGGUCCUAUAGAGAUGCACUGCGAUACAAACCUGGUGAGCCUAUCACUUUCUGUGAGGAAAGUUUUGUCAAACACCGCUCAAGUGUGAUGAAACAGUUCUUGGAAACUGCAGUUAACCUUCAACUUUUUAAGCAGUUUAUUGAUGGUCGACUGGCAAAACUUAAUGCAGGAAGGGGUUUCUCUGAUAUAUUUGAAGAAGAGAUCACGUCUGGUGGCUUUUCUGGAGGAAACUCACGGUCAUAUCAACAAUGGGUACAUACAGUCAAGAAAGGAGGGGCACUAUUCAACACAGCAAUGACCAGAGCAACUCCUGCUGUACGAACUGCAUACAAGUUUGCAAAAAAUCAUGCAAAAAUAGGAUUAAAGGAAGUGAAAAGUAAGCUGAAACAUAAGGAAAAUGAGGAAGAUUAUGGAACAUGUUCUGGCUUGGUACAAUAUACACCAGUUUAUGCAUUACACAAUGAAAAGGGAGGAUACAUAGAAAAGCACACACCUUCCCAGGCACACUUAAAAAGGCCUCACAAGAGCUUUGAUGGUACUCUGUAUGAUGAUAACGAUGAUAUUGAACGAGCAAGCAAGAUAUCUUCUGAAGAUGGAGAAGAAAGUUCUGCUUAUUUCUAUGAAAGUGAUGACUCAGAAACAAGAGUGAAGACACCAUAUUCAGGUGAAAUGGACUUGUUAGGAGAGAUCCUGGAUACACUGAGCACACACAGUUCAGACCAAGGGAAGCUGGCUGCUGCAAAGAGCCUGGAUUUCUUUAGAUCAAUGGAUGAUAUUGAUUACAAGCCUACGUGUAAGUCCAACGCUCCUAGUGAGAAUAAUCUGACCCUGCUGUGUGGCUCUGGUGAUCAAGCAGAGUGGAACCUCGGACAGGACGACAGUGCCCUCCAUGGCAAACAUCUCCCUCCAUCUCCCAGGAAGCAGGUUUCUGGCAGUGGUUUGACAGAGUCUCUGUUUAUCCUGAAAGAGAAAAACAGUGAAAAGCCACUCCAUGCUGACAGUGGGCAUGACCCUACUGUGGUAGAAAAGCCAUCUUCUGUUUUAGUCUUGGCUUUUCAGCCAGCUCCCCCUGAAGUUUCCCAAAUGCAUGAAGGAAAAAUCGAAGAGAAGGAAACACUAAACCAGGCUUCAGAGGAUCUGCUUCUACCCAGCCUUGGGCGACGCCAGUCUACUUUCGUUCCAUGGGAGAAAGAAGGGAAGGAAGUCAAGGAACCUUCAGAAGAUGUUGGACUGCUUCAUGAAGUUGUAUCAUUGUGUCACAUGUCAUGUGACUUCCAACAAAGCUCAAACAUUUCAGAAGAAAACACAAGUAGAAACCAAACUUAAGUGACCAAUUAAGGAUUAGUCACUUACAUCUAGGCUUCCAAGGAGACACUUUGGGGUUCUCUAUCAUUUGUCUGGUAAAUACAAUUACUUGUAGGAAUGACAACCCUUAUAACUAUUUAACUUUUUACCAUUUUGAACAUUUCUCCCAUGUGUUCUUUUCGUGGAUACAUUUUACCCAUUGAUUUUUAAGGUACAGUGAAUCUUCUGUGCUAUUAAAUCAGGUACUAGUUUGUAUGAAUGCUGAAACUAUAUAUUGAACAAAUACUUUCCUAGUAUUUGGUGCUUAAUGCCAUUCAUUUUAUUUAAAAUAGAUGUGCAUAUAUAACCCUUUAACAUAACCAGUAGCUACUAUACUAAUCUGAUUGAGCAUGAACUCAUCAGGAUAUCAAAACUUAUCAAAAAUAGCUUGAAACUCAAGAAAUUCUUAAUCUACUAAUUGCCUUAAUCAUAAAGCCACGUUAAAUACACAAAUAACUUAUGAAAUUACAUUUAAAGCUUGAAAUAUAAGCUAUUUGUCCUGCAGAGCAAUAAUGCAUUUUUUUAUUUAUGGGAUGAAGGUCAACACUCAUAUUUUUUUCCAGGUUUAAAAGCUCUCUUAUAGAAAUUCUUAACCUGCUUUUAUAAAGACACUGUAGCCAUGUUUUCCAAAAUGUAUAAAUGUGUACAUUUAGGUUCCACUUAGUGAAAUAUAUGAAGUGCUGAAUUAUAAUGUGAAAUUGAUGACUUCUGUUUACAAAUGAGACAAAUAAUGGUCACAGUUUCUAUGUAUGCCUUUGCUAUCUAAGGUCUAACCCAUGAAAGCUAAUGCAGCAUAAACAGUCAUGAUAAAAAUUGUCCUGUUCUUUUCAUAAUUAAUGAUUUUCAAUCAAAAUGUGCCACAUUUUAAAAUCAGAUCUACUUUGUAAAAUAAUUAACUUAGUAUUUAAUAAGAUCUAGAUUUAGAGUAAAACUAAAAGACAGUACAGAGUUCUCACACACAACCACAUUCUCCUCUUACUAACAUGUUAGUAUGGUAUUGAUAGUCCUACUGUACUCAGAGCUCUAGCUUUUUUCUCAUGUCCAUUCGCUCUUUUAUUAACCCAUCAGAACACCAAAUUACAUUCUGUUCAAGUCUCCCAACCAAGGCUUCUCUUCUCUAUGUACUUCACCUCCUUGUUUUUGAUGGCCUUGGCAGUUCUGAGGCAUGGUGGUUGGAUAUAUUGUAGACUGCUCUGCUCUUGGAAUUUGUCUUAUACUUCUCUCAUAAUUAGUGAAUUAUGGGUUUACAGAAAAAUCACAGAAGUAAAGCCCCAGUGUCAUAUUGAAUAUGAGCUGUCAGCAUACUCUGUGGUGAUGUUGACUUUGAUAACCUGCUGGGAUUUUUCACUAUAAACUAACCCCUCCUUUCUAGUCUGUGGACUUUGGGAAGAAGUCACAAUCAGCAGCCCACACUUAUUGCAGAGAGUUACGUUUCAAUUCCUUUGGGCAGAGGAGUAUCUAAGUAAAUCAUGUAUAUUUCUUCUUUAUGGAAUAUUGUCUCCCUCAAAAGUUAUUGCUGAGCUUUGGAAGACAUCGAAGAACAUGUCAUAUUGAUUACUUCAUGCUAGACUCUUCUAACAGGUAUAGUCUGGGAAAAGAAAAGGAAACCUAGUAGCAUAAUGGUUAUUUAUUUCUAUUCUCAGGGUAUCUCUUCUAUGCAUACCCAAUAAUGAGUGUUUUUCAAAAAUUGUCUUUUUAAAAAAUUGAAAAAAAAAACACUGAAGAACUCUCAGAAUUUGCUUAAGAAAUAUACUGUCAGUUAAAGUUCUAGAAGAUUUAUGAAACAUUGCCUGAAAUAUUUAUGCAGGUCUUUUUUAAAACUAUAUUCUAUAAUCUAAAUAAAUGUGUUAUAUUUGAGGUAAUCAUUCACUUAUAAUGGAAGAUGAAUAUUUCCUUAGAAGGAUGGAUUCUUUUCUAUUAAGAGUAAACCAUGUGUAAUCAUUGCUUUUUUUAACACAAAAAUAAAAUUCUGGGUUCUUGUCAAAUUUUUCCCUGAUUUAACAAAAAUGGUAAUAAAAGAAGGGGAUAUGUAGAAAAGCUGGUUUUAGUGAAAAGGUAAAUAGUUACUCCUAUGAUUCAUCUGCUUGGAAAAUAUCCCUGCAUCAUUUGUAAAAAGAAUGCAAAGGAACCUUUAAUGAAUUUUGAAAUGAAGUUGUUCUCUCUUCAGAACUUGUCCUCUGAAGAAAGAGAGCAUAAUGAGUGUAAUGAACCACAUUGAAUUUUAAUCUGUUUCAUUAAUACACUUCAGGGUCAUAGAGGUAUGAUUCUUCCUACAUUGGGUCAUCUUACAGGAUGUUUGUCUAUAAUAUUAUACUAUAUUUCAGGAUAUUUAGCCACUCACAAAUGUAAUUGUCUUAGGAUAUUUUUUAAUGAUUUGUGCCUUACAUGUAAAAAUAACUAUUUUACUCUGUUAAAAAAAAAUCUGUACAUUUUUCUUGAGAAAAAAGUUCAGACAACUAGUAGCAAAUAUCAGAACUUCACAUCAUUCAAUCUGUCUUUAAACUCAACUUAUCAUUAUUAUGGUGGGUAGAGCAGGAAUGAAUGACAUUAGGCUAAGAUGUGAAAUACCAAAAAGUUUAUUUCCUACUUUGCCCACAUUUUCUACUAUGACAAAACAGACCUUUGUAAACCCUGUUUCUUGGGAUCACUUUUUCAAAGAAGCACAUCCUGCUCUACAAGACACUUGAAGAGACACAUGUCUUCAGGCUCACGCGCAUGGUCGUUUUCCUGAUUCCACUUGGGCCUUUAUCUUGUCCUUAGGUAUUGCAUCCUUGGUGUUUCAGGAUGGAGAAGAAAGACAAAUUUAGGAGCUGUUGUUUUGUAUAUUUAAAUCAGAAUUAAUUUCCCUAAGUAAAGAUGUUGCUAAGUGCUAUAUUUUGAUGAUUACCUACUUCAGUAUAUCUUAUGAAUCAUAUUCAUAUCUUAAGAAUUAUAUGAUGAUUUUUUCAAAUUCAAAAUUAAUUACUCCUUCAUUUACAAAAUAUUUGACUUUUGUACCAGUCAGGAAUAAGGUGUUAUAACAAAGGAUCUGGGGACAUAGGAGGAAUCAAAAUAAUUAGCAUAAUCCCUGCCCAGAGGAAUCAACUAAUAGGAAAAGCAACUGUAAGAGUGGUCAGAUAACAAUAAGGAAUAAUGAUAAUAUUACAGAAUGAUGCACAUUGCUUAGCGAAUCUAACACCACAAAACUUAGUAUUUUAAAAUGGCUAUUUAUUUUAAGGCCUGUUGUGAAUACAGAAUUAGUACUAUUUCUAGUUACAGUAACUUUCUGUAUUACUAUGCCAGAUGCAGUAUUGCAAAGGAACCUACUUUUCAGGACAGAUUCAAAGACUCAUGCAGGAGCUGAGUAUCCUUGCUAGCCUGUUCUUUAUUAAGUAUACAGUCAACAGACCCUCCCUUACAGCAUUUACCACUUUCCUCAGUUUAGGAAUAAGUUAGGUAUCGAUAGGAAUCCAGUCAUGUUGAUGGGAAUUCAAUGUUUACCCUAAAAUUUUUUUGAUAAUAGCAUUCUCUAGAAACAAUCCCUUUUUAAAAAAUUGAAGCUGUAAGUAAUGAUUCUGUUACUGAAAUUCUACACUCAUAUCCUUAUGCUAGAAUACAGGAAUGUUAAUGAAUAAAGUGAAGAAGUAGACUAUUGAUCAAGAGAAGACAACUGUGAAUAUUAUUAUAGUCAAUAGAGUUUCUAGGAGAUUUAUUACUUGUAUGAGUCAGUUUUCUUAUGGUAAUUCCAUUGUGUUUGGUGUCAGUAAUCAUGAAUCUGAGAAAGUAUCUUAAAAUCAGAAUGUAAUCCAGGAAUGUAAGUCCUAAGUGGACUCUCCCCAUAUCACUUCUCCAUGGAGUACAUGGUUUCUAGAAUUUAUUCUUUGUGAGCCAGAAAUAAUGUUUAUGUCAUCUCUUAAAGCUUCCUUAAGAGGCAGAAUGGUUUUGAGAAGGCCAGUUAACUUUAUGAUUUGGUUAAGAAAUAGGGAACUAUGUAUAUUUAAACAGAAACAUUUUAUUUUGCAAUAGAAAAUUGUGUGCAAUAUUUUUUCUUGCAUAGUUUAGUUCAUAUACAUAUGCACAUCUGCUUUCCUGGCAGAUGCCUUAAGGUCAUGUCUUUCAGUAUUUGCCCAAAACUGUAUGUAGCAAUGUUCUGUGGGAUUUCAAAAAAAAAAUUAUUCUUUAUUUUGCUGGCAGGAGAAAUGUCUUUGUUUAUUUAAAAUGAUUGUGGAUGCUGCAUUAUUGUAUUAUAACUAACUGCCUCAGCAACAAUAAAUAUGCAAUAAGAAAAUCUUGUACCUUAGACUAGUAUUGACAGUACUGUUACUUUAAAAGAGAUGUUUGUGGUACCAAGUGCUAAUUCUACAUGUGUACAUUUAACAAAUAUUCUGUUCUAUACCACAUAAAUUUAAAUGGCUUAUAUAUGGCUGUGAUCAUUUAUGUAGAUUGUGAUAUUAUUUGUGAUGGCUCUUCAUUAAGAUUUAUAAAGGGCAUUGCCAAUACUUUUGACUGCCUGUAAAUUAAUUUCUUUGUAUGAUGUACAGUUUGUUUAGCCUUAGAUCUUCUAUAGAUUUCUACUUUUAUUAUACUUGAAUGAGGCAGAAAUGAGCACUGUGGAAAAUUUAUAACUCUGGAUGCAAUAUGCAAGUAUACCAAAAAUAAAACAAGGUACUGAACAUCAAUGCUAAGUGAAUGCUUUAUAUCCAGAAAGCUGUGUUUCUUCAAGCCACAUUAUACUUAAAUGAAGUAAUUGAAGAUAUGCACUCUUUUAUCUUCAAAGGUUGUAGUCACACAUGAUUACUUCUUUCUUUGAUAUGUCAAAUCUCGAUAUCCUUAUAUCUUCUGUUUCAGGUGAGCCUGACUCAUCAAUGAACCCAUCUCUGUUUGAUUACAGGAUGUUUAGGAAGAACAGAUUGACAACACUGUUCAUGUUAGAUGCACUGCAUGUGUUACAUCUCCAUCUUUUAGAUAGAAUAACUGUCAUAGGUGAUUUUGAGAACUCGUUAAUAAUCAUAUGAAAGUAGAUUUGUAAAAUCAUUUAUGAUUUAGCUGUGCCUAAAACAGCAAACCCCACUGAGGAGGGCUUUUAGUGGAAUGGGAAUGGUGGGAGGUGUAUAAAAGUAUAACUUGAUGGGAAUAUGACCAAAAUACAGUAUGUUCAUACAGUAAAGUUAAUAAUUAAGUUUUAAAAGUAUGUAAAGUGUUUUGACAUAAAAGCCACAUAAAGGGUUAAAUAUUGAAUUUUUCCAAAGUUUGUACCUUUUGUAUCUGUUUUUUCAAAGAUUGUAGCUGAUGAACACUCAUUUCAGAAGAUUGAAAGUCUUGAGGAUUUUGUUCAACAUGGUAACAGAUAUCUGCAAAAGUACCUAGCAUUGAAAUUUGCUUAGUUGUUUUUACAUCUUCGGGGCUACAGAAUAAAUCAUCUCCAAAGCUGACUACUAUUGGGAAGAUGUGUAUACAAGGGGCAAGUUUUAAAAUAUGCAAAAUAAUAUUGAAUGAAUUCCACCUCACCAUAAAGUACCCAAAAAUGUAGUUUUAAAAUAAAAUUGGUCACAAUGAAA